GGGUUGGGCUAGAACUAAAACGGGUCAUGUGAUAUGUGAUCGUUUGAUGACAGAACACCCCUGCAAAAUUGUUGUGAAUUCAAUCGGUGUAGCCAAAAUAAGGUUGUAGUUGCACCCGUGUUGUUGUAGCAGGGGUUCCGUCAAACAUUCCCUCCACACUCCCACUCGAUCCAUUCCACUUCUGCACUCUAAAUCUCAACACACCCUCUUCCCACUGCCAUGUUGCGCAGGUCCAUUUUGGAAAUAUCAUCUCGCUCAACUCUUAGAAGGAACCCCAGACGUUUUAUAUACCAGCAGAUACCUUUACAUCUAUCUUCGCAAAGGAGUUUUUCAACUGCAUCAAAACCAGGGAGUGCCCCAGCUUCUGGCUCCCCAGGAAAGCCACCUGAGUCUAAUGGCACUUUAUCAAAGUUUUUCAUUGGAAGUAUAGCUUUAGGUGCUGCUUUUCUGGCAGCUUAUCAAACUGGUUAUUUGGAUCAAUAUCUUAAGAAGGAACCGCAUAGUGUUCCACAGGAAGCUCAUGUCGAUGCAACUAUUGAAAAUUUGAAGAGUGUGCAACAUUCAACGGACCCAUUAAUUUCACCUACUGAGAAAUUUAACAACGAAAAUCCCACUGUGGAGCUUGCAGAGCAGAAGGUUGAUGCCCAUUUUUCACAGCCAGAAAUCGUAGUAGAAGAUCAAGUGGAUAAGCUGACUCCUGUGCAAGACAAAUCUGAUAUUGCUGAAGAUGGUACCAUUGCUGCCAAAGAAAACCAAUUGCCUGAAUAUCCUCCAAGCAGUCCAACAUCUGAUGAUCUAAGUAAAGAAUCUGUGGUGCAAUCUGACAGGAGUAUUGGAAUAAAAAGUACCGAGACAGACAAUGCCUCAAGAUUGGAAGAGGGACUUCAAAAUACAGCCACAUCUGCGCAGACCAAUGCAGUUCCAGAUGAAAAUGGGAUGAAAAAUAUUCAACCAGAACAACUGGCAAUACAAGAAGCACAGGAGAGAAGAGAGAGUGCAUUAGGCAAAGAUAUAGAGCAACAACCUACCCUCCUUGAGGAGUAUCACUUAAGGAAUAAAUCAGAAAGAAACCCUGCAACUUAUAUGUAUAGUCACGGCUUUACUGAGAAUAGCAAUUUUCUUGAAGGAAAAGAGGCACUUAGUGGUGCAAUGGAGGAAUUGAAAGAUGGUUACGUGUCUGAGGAUGGGAAACUCGUUCUAGAUUUCUUGCAAGCCAUCCAUGCUGCAGAGAAAAGGCAGGCUGAUUUAGAUGCACAUGUUUUUAAUGAAGAGAAGAAAGUGUUAAAGGAAAAAUAUGAAAAUAAGUUGAAAGAUGCAGCAGCCAGAGAACUCAUGCUUGCUGAGGAGGCUGCAAUGUUGGACAAGGACCUGAAAAGAGAACGAGCAAAAGCAGCCCUUGCUAUCAAGUCACUGCAAGAAAAGAUGGAAGAGAAACUGAAGACAGAACUUGAACAGAAGGAAAUUGAAGCUGAAUUGAAUUUGAAAAAAGUUCAGGAAUUAGCAAAGGCCGAGUUAAAUGCAGCCAUAGCAAAUGAGAAGGCAGCUCAAAUUGAAAAAAUGGCUGAAGCAAAUGUUAAUAUAAAUGCCUUAUGCAUGGCAUUUUAUGCUCGAUCUGAAGAAGCUCGUCAAAGUCAUGCUACACAAAAUUUUGCUUUGAGAGCACUUGCACUGGAAGAUGCACUGUCAAAAGGACUGCCAAUUGAGAAAGAAAUAGCAUCUUUGCAAUCUUAUCUUGAAGGCAUAGAUAAAGAUUCAGUUUUAGAUUUGGUACUAUCAUCCCUUCCUGAAGAAACACGAAGCAACGGCACAGACACACAACUGCAGUUAAAGCAUAAGUUUGAUGCCUUAAAAGGCAGCGUACGACACUUCAGCUUCUUCCCACCAGGAGGGGGAGGUAUGUUGGCACAUUCUUUGGCACAUGUUGCAUCCUGGUUGAAGGUUAAGGAAGACGACCAAUCUGGUGAUGGGAUUGAAUCUGUGAUUAAUAAAGUUGAGAGUUAUUUGGCUGAAGGAAAGCUUGCUGAAGCAGCAGAUUGUCUAGAAGAAAGUGUGAGAGGCACACAAGCUGCAGAAAUUGUUGCUGGUUGGGUGAGGCAAGCAAGAAACAGGGCUAUUUCAGAGCAAGCUGUGCUGCUUCUUCAAUCCUAUGCCAAUUCCCUUAGCCUUACAUGAUUCCUAAAUUUUGAAUAUUUAUACAACCAUGUUGAUUCAAUACCUAAGGUUGCAGAGAUUAUAUUUGGCGGAUGAUGCCAACGGGAAUUAUUGACCUACGAGGAAAACGAUUAACGUUAUUCUUUCAUAGCAGCUCAAAUUCGUUGAUUUUGUGAUUUCUAUGCAACUCCAAUGGCUUUGGGGUUUUGACUGAAGUGACUUCAGGCUCUGUAUAAUUUUGCCUUUUGUUGCAUUGCAACGUAUUGAAAUUUCAAUAAUAUACACCAGGCGAUCAGGACAACGUUGGACGCCACAU